CAGAGCAAGAGGAAAGGUGGGGAACUCAAGAGGGAACCUUCUUGAUGUUUGCUUGGAGCUCACCAAGUGGGAGGAGAAAUGAACUAAUUAGUAAUAUCAGGACAGGAGCCACGCUAGCAUAUAUAAGCUGGUGGGGCAUUUUCUUUUUCCCCACUCUUCUGGUGCUGCUUUCCUUCUGUCCUGGCCAGGAAAGCAACAGUCACCCUCCAACUCAUCGAAAAGGGUCAGAACAUGAACAUGGAGAACAGUGUUGAUGUCAAGACAGAAACCAAGGGGGAAAGAAAGCCAGUAAAGCAGAACCCACUGAGCAAAGCAGGGAAGAGAACCUGCAGAGCUCUCGGGUACAUCACUGGAGACAUGAAGGAACUUGGAGCCUGGCUAAAAGAUAAACCUCUCAUGAUACAGUUUAUUGACUGGGUGCUGCGUGGGAUAUCCCAGGUGAUGUUUGUCAACAAUCCCCUCAGUGGGCUUAUUGUAGUUGCUGGUUUCCUGGUGCAGAACCCGUGGUGGACACUCACGGGCUGUUUAGGAACAGUUGUCUCAACUUUAACAGCACUUAUUCUGGGUCAGGACAGGUCAGCCAUAGCAGCCGGCCUGCAUGGCUAUAACGGGGUCUUGGUGGGGCUGCUCAUGGCCGUCUUCUCUGCUAAGGGAGAUUACCACUGGUGGCUUCUGCUGCCUGUAGUGCUGGUGUCCAUGACCUGCCCUGUUUUCACCAGCGCUUUGAGCUCAGUCUUCUGUAAGUGGGAUCUGCCUGUUUUCACCUUGCCUUUCAACUUGGCCUUGACCCUCUAUCUGGCUGCAUCAGGACCCCAUAACCUCUACUUCCCUACAACCGUCAUUCAGCCUGCAACAGCAACACCAAACAUCACCUGGACGGAUGCUGAAAUGCCAAUGCUCCUGCAAUCCACUCUGGUCGGGGUGGGUCAGGUUUAUGGCUGUGAUAAUCCCUGGACAGGGGGAAUCUUCCUGAUUGCUUUAUUUAUCUCUUCUCCACUCAUUUGUCUGCAUGCGACAAUUGGAUCAGCAGUGGGGAUGCUGGCAGCACUGAGCUUAGCGACACCUUUCAGCACAAUCUACUCCGGGUUGUGGGGCUACAACAGCUCCCUCUCCUGCAUUGCCAUCGGGGGCAUGUUCUACGCUUUCACCUGGCAGACACAUCUGCUGGCAAUUGCCUGUGCGCUCUUCAGUGCCUACCUGGGAGCAACAGUGAUGACCAUGUUGUCUGUGUUUGGGUUGCCAUCAGGGACCUGGUCCUUUUGCUUGUCUGCGCUGACCUUCCUGUUAAUAACCACAAACAACUCUGCCAUCUACAAGCUGCCACUCUCCAAAGUCACCUACCCAGAAGCCAACCGAGCUUAUUACCUAGAGAUGAAGAAACAUCAGAGGUCUUGUUGUGAGGUAUAAAGACACAAGAAGAGAAAUAUUUCCUAGAUUUUAAGGCAAGAGCGUAAGGUGUUUCCCCAAAAUAUGUGAUUUGUGUGCUACAAAGACAAAAGACCAAAAAAAGGCCACCUUCUGAGUGCAGAGGCUUUUUCCACCACAUUCAUUUGUUCUAUUUUUAUGAGAUACGACUGUGCUGUGCUGAACGGACCUUUCCCAAGACCUAUCUGUAAUGAUUUAAAAGCACAUAUGCCUGAGAAGACACUUGAAUUUUAAGCAGUGGAGAAAUGAUUUAGCAGCUGAAAGGAAAAAUCUCUUUGGGGAAUCCAAGUCACAGCAAUGGGACAUAAAGCAAUAAAGACCAGAGUAUCUCUCAGCAUCUGAUGGGACUUCUAAUUAAUGGCUAAAACCAGCUUAUGACAGCAAUAGGAUACAUCUUAGAGAGCAUCAUAGUAACAGAGAAGUGGAAUAAAGAGUACCCUUGGCUAAGCAGAAAAUUGGUGAUGAAGAAUUCUACCUGGAGGAUCUCUCAAGCCUGGUGGAGAUGUGCAUUAACAACCAUCAUGCAAAAGACAGACACAGAUAAAUUGCAGGUAGCACUGCCAACACUUGCAAGACUUGUGGUAAAAGUCACAAUAACAGCAGGGAGGAGGGUGUCUGUCAGCCCCAGCUUUUGGAUGUUUUAGUUUGCACUAGGCUCUAACAUUUCACGAUAAAAACGUUUCAGGCCUACCCAGUUGCAGAAAAAAGUCUGUAAACCGAAGGCCAAGAAAGCAAAUGCCAGUGAAAAGAAUCUUUUUCUGAAAAAAAGAAAGGGGGGG